AUGUUGCCUACCAAGGGCUACAAGGCCAAGAGCUCCCCGGAUAUUCCAUCUUCAGCCGUCAAGAUACCUCGUCGAAAUGCUGAUGGUUCUCUAUAUGGCUUACCCAGAGAUAUAGUUGGCUCCCCUGAACAGUUGCACAACUACCAAGGAACGUCCUCCGCCAUUGAAGCUCAGCAGGUCCCCUCAAAUACUAGUGAGAGCAUUAGCCCACUCUCUACAAGGCCGACCUUUAGCCGCAGUGUUUCUUCUUCGGCCAUGCCACCUAACAGAAGUUCCGGUACGAUCUCAAGAUUUCGCGACUUCUCGUCUAGUUUGUUACGUAUGACACAUCACGACCGUCCAUCCGAGCGUGAAUGGAGUGUCUUCGGUCAACUUAUGGAAAUCGAUGAUCCUUUAUCAUCGCGCAGGGCCCCAGGCACCCUUCUCUCGAGGCAAGGCGUGCGCUUCAGCCCGCCCAGACCGUCUGUGUCACCUUCUGGUGGUCUCAACCCAGCUACAUCAGCAAUGCCCGAGCCCCAAGAAGCAGAGACUGUUCAAUCACCCGUGGACGACUCCAAUCUCAGCAAACCUUCGGUAGUUUCAUCAGAGGAUGAUGGAGCUUCCACGUCCCGAGAGGGAUCUUCACCAGACGAGUCCGACAGCUACCAGGCGGAUGCCAAAUUGACACGUGGCAAGCGGCCUUGGUAUUCGCUGCCUACGUUGCCCAGUAUACCGCCAGUAUACCGCAAUAUACUCAAAUGUUCAGUGGCUUACUUUAUAGGCUCUCUGUUCACUUUCUCGCCUUAUCUCUCCGGAUUCAUCGCUGAUCUCACGAAUUAUGGGCCUGGUGAGAGUGCACCAUCACCUUCGGGCCACAUGGUAGCCACUGUCGCCGUGUACUACAACCCCGCAAAGACGCUCGGUGCCAUGGUUGAGGCUGAUUUGUUCUGCAUGAUGGGUCUGCUGUUUGCAGCCACCGUGGCUCUGAGCAGUAUGACCAUGUUUUGGUUCUUCGAAACACGACCAGGGUGGGAAUGGCUGGCAGACGUCCUAGUUCUAUCAUUCAUUGGGCUUGGCAUGUCUGGCGUUGCAUGGAUGAAGGUAUGGAUGGCUAAGCCGACCUUCAACACAGCCUGCAGUAUGACCGCGAUCAUUCUAUUCAUAGUAGUGGUCAAGGAGGGGGGUCUCCAGACGCUGCUGCAAGUCUCAUUCAUCGUUCUCGUUGGCGCUACGAUAUCAAAUGCCGUCUGCUUCCUCCUCUGGCCGCAACGCGCCACGAAUAAUUUGCAAGCUACUAUGACGAAAACGCUGCAAUCAUUCUCGACACUGCUGGGGCUGAUCACUGAGACAUUCCUACUCGAGGAGCCGGGGAACAAUCUCAGUCGCGAAAAGAUUCAGCGCGCAGUUGAGAGCCAUCAAGCCAGUUUUACCAGCCUGAAGAAAAGCCUCGUCGAAGCACAGUCCGAGUCCAUGUUCGGCGGGCCAGGCAAGGCGAGUGGUGCCCAAGGCGAGGAAGCGCGGAAAAGUUCUGGGCAAGCGUACGAGGAUGCGAUUGCUAGUCUCACGAGACUGGGUCAGCACCUCAACGGCCUGAGGAGCGGGACGACGCUUCAGUACGACCUCAUAAAGGCGCACAGGGACGGUAAGGUGAUGCUCAGGAAUUUGUCGAUUAAGCGACAGGCGAAUCCCAACCUCGCGGCGAACGGCAAGGCUAGAAUGACGGACAGUGAUCCUGAGGAUCCCGAACAGACUGCGAUGCUUCAGGCCGCGGCAUUAAUGUUCGGUGACCUCAUGGACGAUUUGGGUCCGCCGUUGAAGGCGCUCUCAAAUAUCUGCACGUCGAGUCUCAAGCACUUGCAUGAGGCCUUUGUAAAGCCUCGAAGUGGUACCCUGGAUGACGUGGAUUUGUUCGACGUUCAGCAGCUCUCGGACGAUAUUGAACGAGCCCUUUUCACAUUCGAGAGCACUUCGAAUCAUGCUGUUAUGCGGCUCUAUCGAAGCCAGAAUAUGUCUGGCACACAGUCCAGAGCAUCUGUGAAUUCUGCGGUUAACGACAAUCAGGUUCUCAUCGGUAGCGACAGCGAGCAUGUCUUUCUGGUAUAUUACUUUAUUUUUACGUUGCAAGAGUUCGCCAAAGAACUUCUCUCGCUUGUGGAUGCCAUGGGUCGCAUAUGCACUAUUGAGAGUGCACGCGCGGCUCGUGGCAGCUGGUGGAAACGACUUAAGAAUGGCGUCGGCAGUAUGUGUUCGGGAUUCAGACGAGGCGCACGACACAACGCACGAGAAAAGCUUCAUAAACAAGACAGUCUUGGCAAGAGAAUUUCUACAUAUUUUGUCCCAGAUCCUCAUAGGAGCGUAUCUUUCCCGAAAGUCAAACCCCACGCUCCAAAUACAAUCCUCACUCCCGAUCCAUCCAAGUUGACCUUCCUCGGAAGGAUCAAGCUAGCCUUGUGGGCAUUGGGCGCACGGCUCAAGGAGCAAGAUCUCAAGUAUGCUGUCAAGGCAGGCAUGGCGACAGCCAUCCUUGCUGCGCCUGCGUUCCUGGAAACAACGCGGCCGGUCUUCAUAGAAUAUCGUGGAGAAUGGGCUCUGAUCUCUUUCUUUGUCGUGAUAUCUCCUACCAUUGGAGCUACGAAUUUCCUUGGCGUGCAUCGUGUGCUGGGUACUUUGUUUGGUGCGGCCACCGCAGUGACAAUCUGGUCUCUUGCUCCCGAAAAUCCUUAUGUCUUGUCGAUCUUCGGAUUUUUCUACUCCAUCCCGUGUUUCUACUACAUUGUUGCCAAGCCAGUAUAUGCCACGACAUCAAGAUUCGUCUUGCUCACCUACAACUUGACGUGUCUCUACUGUUACAAUCUUCGACAAAAGGAUAUAUCAGUAACGCAUGUCGCGUUUCAUCGGGCUGUCGCUGUUACUGUGGGUGUUGUGUGGGCUGCACUGGUCUCGCGAUACUGGUGGCCGAUAGAGGCAAGACGUGUGCUAGGCAGAGCACUUGGCGACUUUUGCUUGAACAUAGGAUGGCUGUACACCCGCCUAGUAGCCUUCAACUCAUAUUCUGACAGUGAAGGCAAUGUGAUCGAAGAUGAAUCCCAUGAGUCGUCCGUCGAGAAUGGCUCAUUGUUGCCAUCUUCACAGCCUGCACGCUUGACAAAUUCGAUUCAGGAAUUCAUGGCGAUGGAAUUACACCUGCAAAUCAAGCUAAUUGAGCUGCAGGGACUGCUGGCUCAGACUCAGCACGAGCCUCGUCUAAAGGGGCCCUUCCCUGUGGCAACGUACCGUUCUAUCCUGACGAGUCUCCAAGCCAUCCUCGACAGACUGCACAGUAUGCGAUGCGUCACGUCUCGCAAGGAGUGGCACACGACCGUUCGUCGCGAUUUUAUACUACCAGUCAACAAGGAAAGGCGUGAGAUGGUUGGCAACAUCAUCCUGUAUUUCUCCGUUCUUGCUGCGGCAUUCAGAACGAAGACACCUCUUCCGCCAUAUCUUCCUCCUGCUGAGAGGGCACGAGAGCGGCUGGUCGAUGCUAUCAGGAAGUUGGAUGUGGUGCGGAAUCGCGAUGUCAAAGGAUCAAGACAGUUACUCUUCUUUGCCUAUGCGGUGACAAUGAAGGGGGUUAUACAAGAGCUGGAUUUCCUUGGACACACCCUGCAAGAGGCCUUUGGCGUUAUUGGCCAAUCGACUGAAGACUUCGAGGAGCUGUUCGGGGAGAGGGAGAGGAUGGUCAACAUCGUUUAG